AUGACCAUAGGCAAGCGAGUACAGAAAAACAUGGAAAUGGAAGAGAGACACUUUUUUGUAAAUGGAUCUCUUGAGCGAACACACAACAACCUGAAAAGCCCAGUGGAAAAAUAUCCAAAGAAUAUUAUAUGUAACCAAAAAUAUUCACUCUUGACAUUUAUUCCCUUGGUAUUUGCGCAGCAGCUGAAACACUUUCUGAACAUAUUUUUCAUGACGGUGAUGGUUCUGCAGGGCUUUCCCCCUGUGCGGGUCUCGCAUCCUCUUACCUCAGUCUUCCCGUGGGCCUUGGUGCAGAUAUUUGUCUAUAUCAAGGAGGGCAUGGAUGACUACAAGCGGUAUAAAAGAGACAAGGAGGCAAACGAUAAGCAGUGCACGCGAUACACUGUGGGAGGGCCUGUGAGAGUGCCCGCCUCGGAGCUGGCAAUUGGCGAUCUUAUCGUUGUAAGCAAGGAUGAAAGAGUGCCUGCAGAUGCAAUGCUUCUGAAAACAGAAGACGCAUCGGGGUCCAUAUUUGUAAGAACAGACCAGCUAGACGGAGAGACAGACUGGAAGAUAAAAAUGAGCCACAGCAUAUUCCAGAGCGCAGAAAGCUUUGAUGCAGUGGCCAAGCAGUACUUUGAGGUUGUGGCAGAGCCACCCAGCAAAGAAAUAUACUCCUUUAACGGAAAGCUAUACGUGGACAACAUCCAAUAUAAAGUGCACGAGGAGAACAUGCUGUGGAUGAACAUGGUGAUAGCCAGCGGCACAUCCUUGUGUGUGGUGGUGUACACAGGAAAGGACACGCGGUCUGUGAUGAACACAACGAAAGCAAGGAACAAGUCAGGGCUUAUAGACAGCGAGCUGAACUUCUACACAAAAAUACUGUGCUCUAUGGCCUUUUUGGUUGCAAUUCUGUUCACAGUGCUGCGAGGCACAUACUCUCUGUGGUACAUCACGCUUGUUAGGUUUCUGAUCAUCUUCUCCACAGUAAUUCCAAUAAGCUUAAGAGUGAACAUUGACUGGGCCCGCCUGGUCUAUGCGCGAGGCAUUGAGAAUGACACAGACACGCCAAUUGUGGUGCGAAACAGUAACAUUCCAGAGGAGCUGGGGCGAAUAUCCUAUCUUCUGACAGACAAAACAGGCACGCUGACCACAAAUGAAAUGGAAAUUAAGAAAAUGCACACGGGAGAUCUGUGCUACACCCCAGACUUUAUACAAGAGAUAUAUGAAAUGAUCACACACCCAAAGUCACCUGCAGACCAUGCAGCGUGCGAGCUUCUGACCGCCAUGUGCUUGUGCAACAACGUGAUACCAUAUACAGAGAACAAUGAAAUAGGAUACAUCUCCUCCAGCCCAGAUGAAAUUGCUAUGGUGCGAUGGGCAGAAAAGGUGGGAAUAACUCUGUGCGGGCGAGGCCCAGGCUGGGUAGAGAUUAAAACGGCAGGUGUAAAGAAGAAGUACGAGCUGCUGCACACAAUUAGGUUUACCAGCGAAAAAAAGUGUAUGGGCGUGGUUAUAAGGAGUAAUGAUAAAGUAUAUCUCUAUAUGAAAGGCGCAGACAGCGUAAUGAAAAAACUCGUUAUCGGCAAGGAUUGGAUGGAAGAGGAGGCUCAGUCAAUGGCGAAGGAAGGCCUGCGAACCAUGGUGUUUGGAAAAAGGCUUGUCUCUGAAGACGAAAUUAAAGAGCUGGCGCAGACGCAUACCAUAUCUGAGAGUGGGCUGGAUCUUCUGGGUGUGACUGGUGUGGAGGAUAAGCUGCAGGACGAUGUAAGGGUCUCUUUGGAAACGCUUCGAAAUGCAGGCAUAAAGAUAUGGAUGCUUACUGGGGACAAAGUGGAAACAGCCAGAUGCAUUGCAGUCUCAUCUAGGCUUUUUUCUAGAUGCAGCCACAUUUUAACAAUAACAGAGGUGAAGACGCGGCAGGACGCAGACCAGGCCAUCAAGAAAAUAGAAAGAGAAAAAGACUGCCUUGUGAUAGAUGGGUCGAGUCUUCAGGUGCUAAUGAAUAUCUACAAAGAGGAGUUCAUCACUGCAGUCUCUCUGCUCUCUGCUGUUGCAUUCUGUAGAUGCUCGCCCACCCAAAAGGCGGAAAUAGCUAAAGAGCUGGCAAGGAUAACCAAGAAAAGAGUGUGCUGUAUAGGUGAUGGCGGGAAUGACGUGAGCAUGAUUCAGCAGGCAAAUGUAGGAAUUGGUAUUGUUGGAAAGGAGGGAAGACAGGCUUCACUCGCUGCUGACGUAAGUGUUAAUGAGUUUAAGGCAAUUGUUGACCUGAUACUCUGGCAUGGAAGGAAUUCCUAUAAAAACACUGCAAAGCUUGCUCAGUUUAUAAUCCACAGAGGAACCACUCUCGGUGUAGCACAGGCAAUCUUUUCGUCUCUGUUCAACUUCUGCCCAAUCUCCAUAUACCAAGGUAAGAUAUCAAUUGGAUAUGUUACUUUCUAUACAUUUUUGCCUGUUUUCAGCAUUGUUCUGUCUAAGGACAUGACCAAGAAGGUCUCCCGAAAGUUUCCUGAGCUGUACUCUGAUAUAUCGAAUGGAAGUGUCCUGAAUAAUAGCACGUUCAGUACAUGGAUGUUCAUGGGCUACUACCAGGGCGUUGUCAUUAUGAUACUUACGCUGCUGUUCUUUGAAAGUGCACUUAUUCAGCUUGUUAGCAUUACUUUUUCGUGCUUGGUGUUGAAUGAGCUGCUUAUGGUUUUUCUAUGUGUAAGUAAGGUGCACAAGCUGAUGCUAAUUGCACAAAGCGUUUCAAUCUUCCUCUAUCUCAUUAGCUUUAAGGUGCUUUCUGAUGAAAUACAGAUUCCAGCAGAGUGGAGAAAGUUCCUGCUACAAGUUUUACUGGUAAAUAUUAUUGCAAUACUACCAGCAUUUGCGCAGUGUGCCUGGAGGCUUUGGAUGAACCCGCCAAGUUAUAGAAAAAUACAAGCAACAUAUAGUUAUUAA